AUGCUAGGACUGACUUUGGUUCCUAUCCCUUUUCGAGCGCAACAUAUGAUCCUCCAAACCCUGCAACGCCACCUCGAGCAUUCCGCCUUCCAAUUUGUUCAAAAAUGGCUUCUACCACAGUCUUUGGCUGUUGGUUGGACAUGCCCCGAGGCACUGGAGAUGCACAAGUUCUUCAAACUCUUAACCAGACAUCGAUGGAAGAUCUCGUCUGAGAAACAUCGUGAAAAUAUCACCACUGUUCAGAACCUGCGCCAUUCAAUCGUCAGCAUUCGUCACGCCGCUGUACAUCGCUUGGCCAAAGAUAGAGAUAGUCUGCUUGAGAUGAAUUGUGGUGCCAUUGAAUUCUGCCUUCGCAUCGGCGACGACUAUAGCGCAGAGAGUCUCUGUCGUCUCCUUGAUUUUCUACAGAAAACCCUCUCGAAGUCAAGCAUGGUGCAAGUGCAGCCACAGCAGGCUGUUUUCUCUCAUCCUCGUUUAUCCAAGCUCUCUCUCCGCACAAGACUACAAGAACGAUCGAUAACACCCCCGGACGUGAUAAAGAGACUCAUUGGAUGCAUCGCGGAGGACUUGAUCUCAGAGGUUGCUCAUUUUUUGCGGAUUGAGUUUCCGUGA